AAAAAGAAUGAACGACCAUGACUUGUGACUGGUCUCCUUCGUCUCCGUGUUUUUGUGAAGAAGAGGAAGGAAGAGAGAGAGAGGAAAAAAGGGAGGACAAGCUCUAACCCUAAAUCCCUGAAUUCAUUCUCCCAAUCCUUCGCCUCUCAAUUGUCGUCUCUCUUCCUCCGUUCAACGAGGAAUUCUUCCAUCUGUUCCCUGGCCUUCACUUUGGCACAAUCUGCAAAUAGAAAACAGAUGCUGAGACAACGGAUUCUUUAGUCUUUCUUCCUCUGUCGACUAAAAGGAAGAACUGAAGAAAAUGAUGGAGGGUUCGAAAUUUCGAGGCCUUGCUAACAAUGACAAUUUCUUCAAUUUUACUUCGAACUACCUCCCUUUGGGGGAGGGCUCCCAUAUGUCGGUGGACAGCAUGAGCAGUUUACAGAUGACUAAUGGUGAUGGUUCACUAUCGAUGUCUAUGGCUGACAGCAGCGUCGGUUCGAACACACCGCUCACAACGAAUAUGGUAGCAACUUACCCAAGCAUGACCGGCACAAAUGGAUCUGUUGGUCACAGUGUUCUUAGACCUAAUAUGAUUUCCCGUACGCUGGCGGAAGAUGCAUUGGCACGAGCGUUAAUGGACUCUCGAUACCCUACUGAGGGUCUGGAGCAGUAUGACGAAUGGACGAUCGAUUUGAGAAAGGUUAAUAUGGGUACUGCCUUUGCUCAAGGAGCAUUUGGGAAGCUUUACAGGGGCACCUACAAUGGAGAGGAUGUGGCUAUCAAGAUAUUGGAGAGACCUGAGAAUAGUCCAGAGAAAGCUCAGUUGAUGGAGCAGCAGUUUACUCAAGAGGUAAUGAUGUUAGCGACUCUGAGGCACCCAAAUAUCGUGAGGUUUAUUGGAGCAUGUCGAAAGCCGAUGGUUUGGUGUAUUGUCACCGAGUAUGCAAAGGGUGGCUCAGUAAGGCAAUUCUUGGCAAAGAGGCAGAACAGGUCUGUUCCAUUGAAGGUGGCAGUUAGGCAGGCAUUAGAUGUAGCCAGAGGAAUGGCCUACGUGCAUGGCUUGGGGUUUAUACACCGGGACCUCAAGUCAGACAACCUGUUGAUAGCUACAGACAAGUCCAUCAAAAUUGCAGAUUUCGGUGUGGCAAGAAUUGAGGUCCAGACGGAUGGAAUGACUCCUGAGACCGGUACAUACCGAUGGAUGGCACCAGAGAUGAUCCAGCACAGACCAUACAACCAGAAAGUUGAUGUCUACAGUUUUGGUAUCGUCCUGUGGGAGCUCAUAACGGGAUCCCUUCCUUUCCACAACAUGACAGCAGUUCAGGCAGCGUUUGCUGUUGUUAACAAGGGGGUGAGGCCGGCUAUUCCCCCUGAUUGCCUUCCCGUGCUUGCUGAAAUCAUGACCCGAUGCUGGGAUGUGAACCCUGAUGUGCGGCCCCCUUUCGCCGAAGUUGUUAAAAUGCUUGAGAAUGCAGAACAGGAGAUCCUGACGACUGUCAGAAAAGCUCGUUUUAGGUGCUGCAUGGUGCAGCCCAUGACAUUGGACUAGUCUUUCCCUCAACACUGAUCAAAUUCUGUGUAUCUAUGUUUUUUCUAGGGCAAAAAUAACUUUCUGCUCUCUUCCUGUUUCCAGUAUUUACUGGUAUACACUGUAUGUUUUAUGUCUUUGUUGGCCUGUUGAAUAGAGAGUCGAUAUGAUCUUCUGCAUGCACGGGUUCCAUUUCUUUCUGUCGGAAGAUUAUAUGAAAUUACUAGUAUCUUAUGGCAGGAAAAUAGGAUGAUGAGUAGUAUGUAUUAAUGGUUACAUGCAUAUUUUUUCUCUGGGCAGAUUUCUUGCUUUUCUUUAUAUUACUGAAUGAGAAGAAAAUGUUCAUGGUGCCAAAUGAGGAGGGCACUUGGCACAUUGUACAAGACAGAUUCUCAUGUGUACGCACUAAUGUGGCAUUAUAAAAAAACAUUUGUCCUGCAUCAGAGGGGACAAUUUUUUA